AUGGGUAUCUCCACUUAUUCUGGUCUCUGCUCAAAUAUGUGGUUCUCUUUCAGAACAUCUCUUGGAUCUGUUUCUAUUGUUAUGACACUGUUUGUGGUAAAACAGGUCUUAGGCUCUCUGAUGGAGAAAACGAUGACAAAGUGGCUUAACUACAAAAAAGAUUGCUUGAAAAAAUUACAAGAAUCUGCAGUAGAAACUGGAAUAUAUUGCAAUGGGACAUUUGAUCAGUUUGUCUGCUGGCCUUAUUCACUUCCAGGAAAUGUGUCUGUUCCUUGUCCUUCAUAUUUAACCUGGCUGGAAAACGGAAGUGCAGGAAAUGUAUACAGAGUCUGCUUGGACCAGGGAAUCUGGCAAACAGAGGAGAAUUCAGCAGAUAUUUGGCGCGAUGCUUCAGAGUGCUCUGAGAAGAAUCACUUCACCCCACAAGAAGAAGAACACAUGUUACUUUCCACCCUACAGUUACUGUACACCGUUGGAUACUGCUUGUCUCUCAUUUCCCUUGUAUUAGCUCUGCUUAUACUUCUGCUCUUCAGAAAACUUCACUGCACUAGAAACUACAUCCAUAUAAAUUUAUUUGCUUCCUUUAUACUGCGAGCCACAACAGUUCUUAUAAAAGAUAUCGUAUACCAUAAUACUUAUUCAAAAAGACCAAAUAAUGAAACUGGAUGGAUUUCCUACUUCAGUUCUGAGAUUUUAACCAUUUGCAGGACUUCCCAGUUUUUCUUGCAUUACUUUGUUGGUGCAAAUUAUUUUUGGCUUUUAGUUGAAGGACUUUAUCUCCACACAUUAUUGGUGACUGCUGUGCUUUCUGAAAGCCUAAUGCUGCAAAGAUAUAUUGUGAUAGGAUGGGUUAUUCCAGUUCUGUUUGUGGCCCCCUGGGGAAUAGCCAGAUCAAAAUUGGAAGACACAGGGUGCUGGGACAUAAAUAACCAUAUGGGAAUCUGGUGGAUCAUCCGAGGGCCAAUAUUAUUUUCCAUUACAGUUAAUUUCUGCAUCUUCCUAAAAAUUCUAAAGUUGUUAAUUUCCAAACUCAAAGCCCAGCAAAUGAGCUUUCAUGAUUACAAAUACAGAUUGGCAAGAUCUACUCUGGUGCUAAUACCUUUACUGGGGAUCCAUGAGUUUAUAUUUACCUUCAUCACUGAUGAACAAGUUAAAGGAUUGUCAAGACAUAUAAAACUCUUCACGCAAUUAACAAUGAGUUCCUUUCACGGUUUCCUUGUAGCAAUUUUAUACUGCUUUGUUAACGGAGAGGUGAAAGCAGAACUCCAAAAGCAAUGGUCCCGCUUCCUGCUGGCUGAUCCAUUUGGCUGCAUGCAGUGCUUCCUUGGGGAAAACAUCAAAUAUCUGGGGAAAUAUUCAAAGAAGCAAAAACAUCAGCACUUUGCCAAUAACAGGCUGUGUGUGGAAGUGAGUGAGCCCUGGGCUGCGCAGCUCCAGCAGGUGCUGUUGAAUGGGAGAGCAGAUCUUAGCUCAGAGCCAGGACGUACUGGAGAGCCCUACCCCAGGGCAAGUGUGUCGGAUAGCAGCGAAGGAGAAGUCACAACUGGGGAGACAGAGGAAGUCUUUGAAGAAAGUGAGAUUUAGAAGGCUCUUUUAAAGGACAGCAUAAUAAAGGCACCUUCAGAAUGGACCUCUUCCUCCCCCACAAGCUGUGUUCCUGCAACAGGAGAAAAAGAACGGGAAGUUUCUUCCCAUGGGCUAUGCAGUGUUGUUGUAGCCAUGUUGGUGCCAGCAUAUUAGACAGACAAGGUGGGUGAGGUCAUAGCUUUUAUUGGACCAACUUCUGCUGAUGACAGAGACAAAUUUCCAAGUUUACCCAGAGCUAAAGAUUACCUCACCUAUCUUGACUUUCUUCCCAUGGGUUAACAUUCCCUGCCCCAUCCCAAGUUCUCUUAAACACACGA